AUGGGUCACGGAAACUCGGAUAAGCUCUACGUGACUCACGCAGAACAUGCUGGUCUUUACGGUCAACACACCGCAUCUUCGGCGGGUUACAAAGCGCAGCAUAACAAUACGAACCCCGUUACUCAAGAACCACUCGCCCCGGCUGACCUCAUUACUCUCCACUAUUCUCGCAAACCAUCGGGAGAGAUUCACGACCCCAUAUCAUUCAAGCCAUUCAGUGAGCAUUCACAUAUUGUUGCCAUUGCGACGACAGGCAACGUCUUCUUGGCGGAGAGUGUCAAAGGUGGCAGAGAUCUGGUUGCGGAUGUGAAGUUCAAAAAAGAGGAUGUCAUCACAAUGCAGAAUCCCCACGCUCUGCCAACAGCGGUUGUCCCAAGGGCCCAAACAGAGACCGCAAAGGCGGCGCCUACGAAGGCUGCAGCUAGCACUUCAGCAGUGUCUGUGGCAAAGUCCAAAUCAGCUGUUCCAUGGAACAUUUCACCAUAUUCCACCGGAUUGCCUGGUGCCUCGUUGACGUCAACAUCUAUUGAUCCUCAGACGAAGACAUCGCAGCUUGUAUGGGAUGAGGAGGAGCUAAUGUUCGACGACUUCGCGAACCUUCCGAAAGGCAAAGGCAAGGAGAAAGACAUCGGGAAAAGGCGAGCAUACGUCCGCGUAGUUACAACUCUUGGCGGUGGUAGCUUGAACCUCGAGCUGUACUGCGAAAAGGCUCCCAAAACAUGCUAUAACUUCUUGCAACUAGCCAAAGCAGGAAAAUAUAAUAAUUGUCUCUUUCACCGUCUCGUGCCCGGAUUCAUGAUUCAAACAGGAGAUCCCGCAGGCACUGGCGCAGGUGGCGAGUCAUGUUGGGGGACGCCCUUCCGCGACGAGCAUGAUAUGCGAAACGUCGCAAAGCAUGAUUCGCGAGGCGUUGUGGCCAUGGCCAACAAAGGCCCCGGGACCAAUGGGUCUCAAUUCUAUGUAACAUUCCGUGAAACACCACACCUCGACAAGAAGCACACUGUAUUCGGUAAAUUAGUCGGAGGGGAAGAUGUGCUCGACGCUCUAGAGGCACUUCCCGUCAAGCCCGGUACUGAACGACCGGCAAAGUCAGUACGUAUAUCGGAAGUGAUCAUCUACCAAGAUCCCUUUGAGGAGUUCAAAGAGCGCAGGCAAAAGAAGUUAGCGCGAAGAGCGGAGGCCGAGGAGAGUGCUCGUGCGGGUGCUCAGAUUGAGAAGAAGGAGAGCGACGACAUUAACUGGUUCGGCACGAAGGUGGGAUUGGAGGCCAAGGGAAACCGCGGAGGUGCUGGUGAAGGUGUCGGAAAAUAUCUCACUGGUGUUGGGAACAAACGACCAGCCCUCGAACAAAUAACCAGACCAGCGGACGACGUCGGCAUCCUAGACGAGUCUAAGAAGAAGCGUAGGAUAGGAUUUGGGGACUUCUCAGGGUGGUGA